AUGGAUUCCAGUCUUAGAUCAUAUAUUUCUACAGAUUCAUCAUCAACUUCUAGACACUCUGCUGGAUCUGAGUUCAAUUCUCAGUGCACAGAAGAUUACAGUUUAGAUGUCACUUUACCGCCGUCUUUUUCCAAUCAUACUGACAAGUCUUCACAAAUUACAGAAUUUCCUAUAGAUAUUGAAAAUGGAGAAGCUAUCUUUCAAAAAGGAUUGAGAAUGGAUUUCAAAGGAAAGGAAAAUUCGAGUGGUAUUUUUGAUGGAACUAAUCAUACUUUGACACCACCGAAAUCUUCACAGUCCUGCAAAAUGGUUAUUCUUGAAACCCAGAAAGGAAGUUCACCUAAUAGAUCGCCUCUUCUUCCUACGCAGCCGCCAUUAUCUCAGAAAUUUUCUUCAUCCGCGGAACAGGAGUUAUCGAUAAGAUCUCAUCAUACCCUAGAUAAUUGGCUCAUUCCAUUGAAAUCACAAGCAAGAAAACAGUCAGUAAACAAGUCUAACAAUACUCUAGACGCUUGGCUUAUGAAAUCUGGUGCACAAGCGAAAUCAAGAUCAAAUAAUGCAAAUGGAAGUGAGCGUAUCAGAGAAAUUAAUUCAGAUUCUCCAUUAAAAAAAACAGACUUCGAAGAAUUCUGCUCACCUGUCAGGAAAGCACGUAGACUACCAAUGAAGAAAGUGAGCAAGUUGACAACGUCAAAUAUGAAAAAGAAGAAUCGGCAAGAGUGUCUUAAUGAGUAUAGUUUAGCACUAAGGUCAACAGGAAAUCUUGAAACUUCAUCUCAGGUUUUAUCGGAUUUUCAGAUCUGCAGAGCAAAAAAAUAUAACAAGUUAUCAAGUGGUAUUGUAGUAUCUAGCGAUGAAACUCAUCUAAAAAACUCGUCUCAAGAGUUAUCAUCAAAACAUACGAUGAUAGAAACUUCGAUUUUAUCGGAUCAAACUUUAUCGCCGGAAUGUGAAAUUGUGCAUGAACGGAGAAAUAGUGAAUCUGACCUGUUCUCUUCUCUGUCUACUGAUUCUUUCCUUUCUUCAGCACCAUCUCCUCGUAAACCAUCACAAGAUUCAGUAUUGAAAAAAGUAUCGCUUGCUGAUGCAUUAAGGGGAAGCAGUGUCGUCAGCAAUUUUUUUAAAUCUUCAGAAUCACAGCACACACGUUCUCUAUUGAAAGUGAUGUCGUCACCAACGUUUCAACAAGUUGAUCGAAAGUAUGAAGUUAAUGAACUAUCGUCACGUUUCAAUGAUCACGGUCAGGUUCGAAGGAAAAAAAGCGAACGGCAGUUGUUGCAUGGCUUUGAUUGUCCAUGUUGUACAGAUUAUUAUGAAGCUUUAGGGUUAGACGAAGAUGAACGCAAUAAACGAAUUGACCAGGUAAGUAAACACAGAGAUGCAGUAAAAGAACCAACUACACCAGAACAUUAUUGGGAAGUAAAUAUGCCAAAUCGAGAAGAGCAGCGCCGUCGUGGACAAAUUAUUGAAAGUGAUUCACCUAUUGGUUUGAAAACACGCUAUCCGCAAUAUAAAGGGGAAGAAAGUGCACGUCGUAGACUUUUUAAUUAG